CAGGAACUCAGAAACACUUUGUAAAUCUAUUUAGUCUUUAUACUUCCUGGAUGUUAACACUCAUGAAGAACGAUCUGAUCUAAUACAAAUCUGCAUUAACCAGGUAUAACGGAAAAUUUAAAGAAAAUGGAAAACUAUCAUGAUUCAGAAUAUGGAGAUUCAGCGAGCUCAUCUGCUUCUGGUUUCCUCUCGGUCCCUAAGCUCACUGGGGAUGACAUGUACCACGUUUUCAUAAGCUUCAGCGGAGCAGAUUCUACAUGGGUGGAGCAGCUUAUCCAAAAACUGGAGGCCACAUUUCCAGAUAUUAAAAUCUGUUUUCAUAAUCGGGACUUUACUCCAGGAAAGACGAUCAUAGAAAACAUGACCGAGUGCAUCCAGAGGAGUCAGAAAAUUCUGAUGGUGCUGAGCCCGGAUUUUGUGCACAGUCGGUGGUGCCUCUUUGAAGCCAAUCUCUCCAUGUUCCAGGACUGUACGUCACAUAAAGCCAUUGUCCCUGUUAUGCUGAAGCCGUGCCCGAUGCCUCUAUAUCUCAGCCAUUUAACUUACUUAGAAGCUGAAGACGAGCAGUUCUACAAAAAACUGUGCAACAGGCUACUGAAGACUAAUGCUAAGGAAACCGAAGACGUCCUGGUUCACUUCCAAUCAUCUAUACUAUAUGGCGGAAAACAUCUGCUCUCUCUGUCCGCAGUAAAUGAAAAUGAUAUAAAAGUGGGCAAUGGAGUUUUCUCUGAUGCUCGUGUGCCGGACUCUUUGAAAGCAGUUGUGAAAGACCCUGAAAUAUACAAGAAAGCUAUUCGACUGAUAAAUGAUACCCCGACUUGGGUAGAUAUAUCCAAAUGUUCUUUAGUCUUUUUAAGCCUUUGUUCAGGUCUUGUGUUUGCCCUUUGUAUUGCUAUGUUUACAUUUUCAUGUUUUAGCCCAACUUGGCCGUACUUUCUUUUCUUACCAACCAUUAUUAUUCCAUUGAGUCUUGCAUUGUAUAAACUGGACUAUUGGAAAAAGCAUAGGUUUGAAAAGAUUGUCCAAAACAUGAGCAGAAGAAUUGGUGAAGCCAAUCUACUCUUAGCCGAGACUUCAGUUCUCGCUGGUUGCGCCUCCAAGUCCAGUUUGGUAUUUGUUUUUGUAUCUUUAAAACGAUGUAAAGAUAUGUUCCAUAUUGCUUCUGAAUCUGAUACUGAACUGGAAAAACAUAUGUGGCAAAGAGCCAUGAUCAGAUAUUCAUCGGAUUACGCCAACUGUCUGGCCAAGAAACACUUUCCGUGCGGUGACUCCCGGCCUCCUGGACACUUAGUAGACGGUAUCUGCUUCUGCCAGUAUGUGGCCAUACAAAUAGAACAAGGUCACUAGUCAUAACAUCACCUUUAUAAUCUCUUUUUGUUGAAUAUAAAUUGCCAUAUAGUGUAGCGCAGCGGAAUCUGUAGGCGCUAUAUAAAUAAAUAAAAUUAUUAUUAUA